AUGGGGAAGUAUGCCCUACUGUUUCCUCGGCUCGUGAACAAUGCACAGUUGCUGAUAACACAGACAGCUAAAGUCUGUCCUAAGCAACUGCUUGAUGCAGCUCUGCUGGCGCCCCCACUCCUUCCUCGGGAUGUUGCCUCUCCACCUACAUCGCAGGGGACACCAGAAUCUCCGAUCCUUGCCUCUUUGGCAGACUCGUGGAGAUCUACAGCAGUGCUUAGGAACCCCCAGAUAGGCCUGCCUAAUUCGCCUAAAGAUCAGGCAAAAAUCGUCUCUGACCUUCAACGCUCAAAGGCACAACGCACUUGGGCGAUACUGGAAAUGCGUGCAGUGGCAGCAUUGCCCAGCUUGAGUCCUGCUGGGAUCCUCCAGUUUCUCUUUUUAGCCCAGAGGGGGAACUGCCGCCCACAACAUUUCCUUGCCGAGGUCGGCCUUGCGCGCUCUGUGCUGCCAGGAGUCCUUAUUGCGAUGGCCUCCGUACACACCAGAGAGUACACAAUAGUGCUACGACGCUUUAUGCUUGAGGGCGAGCCAGCAGCUGCUCCAGUGGAUACCUUCUGGUUGUUGUGGACUGCUAACGACCUGGCACUCUUCUGCAAAUUGCUAGCAGAGUCAGUUACCCAGUGUAUCCACCGAGCGGACGAAGCAGCUCUUGUUGAAAAAUUGCUUUCACAGGUUGCCGCAAAUCUGUCCUACUUUAGCCCCGAGGACGCCGCUCUUGUCUUGUGGGCCGCAGCUGUGGAGUCAUCGUCUUGCCUAAGAGAAGCGCUGCUACUGCAGCGACAAGCCGCAACUGGGGAGGCUGCACGGCGAAUAGAGGGCCCUAAAGCUUGUCAAGCGUCCUCCACGUCUUCGACUCCCGGAGCGCCUGCAUUUGAAACAGGAGAUAGCCGGCCGUGCAAACCAGGCAUUCCACUGUUUGUGUUGCUGCUGCAGCGACUGGCUUCACAGCUGCAGGAAGCCGAUUUGAAUGAUUGCAUGAGGGCAUUCUUCGCGGCCUCGCGGAUAUGUGCUGGCCCUCUGUCUCAAGGCGUCUCUGCCCUGUCACCGCCACUACACAGCGGAUCAGCAGCCCCGCCGCUCGGCGCCAUCUCCGCUGCUCUAGAACCGCUCCGUCUUUUGACACAGCACCUGAGGUGCAACCUCUCAACAGCUUCGGCCAGCGCAAAGCUACGCAUUAUUUCGAGUAGUAUUCACCUGUUGCACUUCUUGAGUCAGCGGAAGGGCCCGCGUGGGGUCUCUCUGCAAGAGGCUGUCGCUACUGCUGUUAACGCUGCCGCUGGAGUAGGCCUCUCCCCAACAACAAGCCUUGAGCUUUUGCCGAACGGCAGCGCUGAAAGCGGCCCAAAGCCGAGUACAGGCAAACGCGUGGGCAACCCAAUAUGUGCCAAACAAGCUAAGAAAGUUGCGGUUCUCAAGACCCCCCUAUUCGCCCUCAGUUCAACGGCACGACGAUGCCGCAGGGCGGUCAACUCUGACCCAUACCCAGCAGGAGUGUAUCAAGCCGCUGCUGCAGCCCAAUUAGAAGAGGCUUUGCUGGAGACGCUCGCAGCCACUAUCUCAAGUCUGUGCUCGUCUCCUGGAGACAUGAAGGCUACUGAAGGCAUGGUUCUUUUAGAGCUCGUUUGGCACCUCCGCAUGCACUACAGCUUUCCUGUCACCUUAGCCUGCCUGGAGGGAGUCUACUUCUAUCUCCUGGCAAAUAUUCAUCAGUUGUCCGCCAGUGAUGUGGUGGCAUUGACGGCCUCUUUCGAGCUGUGUCACUCCACGGACAGUGAAGAAACGAAUUGCGGUUUCGAAGGGCAACUUCCAGGCGACGUAGCACAGAAGCCCCACAUGCAGCGGCAUUUAAAGCAACUGGUGAAGGCCCAACAUACCCAGCGAACUUACUACGCCGGCGCAUUCACGCCAAGGCGCAAGACAGGACCUUCCCCCUAA